GGUAAUCUGUGUCUCCUCACUCCUCUUGGGUAUUAGCUCUCCAGCAGGGCUUAAGCUCAGGGAUUUUAGAAGCAAACAAUCAGCUUUUCAUUGUGUUAACCUGACAGUCACAGACCACCGGCGACAUGAGAGGUGCCCAUGUCUUCCUGCUGAUGGGCCUGUCCCUCACCCUCCUCGCUGCUCACAGUGAGGCACUGCAGUGUUAUACCUGCAUGGGCUCUACAGAUGAAGACUGCAAUCACCAGGGCUCCAAGACCUGUCCGAGCUACUCAGAUGCAUGUGCUAUUGUCCGAGGACAUGGCAAUGGUGUAAUGAAGUCGUGCUCUUACAAAUCCUUCUGCAGCCAGGCCAACAGCCAAGGCUACAGAGCUCCAGGGGUGAAAGUUCAUUGCUGCUACUUUGAUGACUGCAAUGUGGCUGGACAUGCCAUUAGAAUAAGCACAGGCUUCAGCUUCCUUCUGGGGCUUCUCUUAUGCGUCUGGCAUUUGCUGUCAAACUAAUGUUGCCCUCGACAAACUGAGCCGGUUAUUAAACUCCAUUACCACUGUGCAACAUGACAGAACUCUGUAUACUAUGUGAUUGAUGCCAUACGUACUGAUAAAAUGAAUUGUACCAUACUGCAAAUGUCAGCAAGUGCACUGCCAUGGGAUUGUGCAUACAGCAAACACUCACAAAUAAAUGCAAGGAUAAGUAUGGUCAUGCAAACACACGUAGGCUAAUGGAUAAAGUACAGUCAGCUGGUCAUUAUAGCAUACUAAACCACAACAGGGUGAUCAGAACUUGGUCUUGUAUAACCCUAUGAGGUUUAUUUUGGAAUGGUGACCGAUUGUCUGUACAUUAUCCCUCUUAUUACAUGGCUAAUUUACAAAUAUAUAAAUGGACAUUUUAAAAUAAUAAAAGGAAACACUGAUUUUAGUUGAAAUUAUUUUAUUAUAUGAGAAGAAAGAGACCUUAGAGUAAUACGAGAGACUUGAAACUAGCAAUGUAGGAAAUUAUUUGCCAUGGGACAAAUUUAGCAGUCAAUAUACAAAAUAGCUGACCACAGAAUGCUGCAAAUGCUUGGGCCUAUCAAAAUUAAGUAUUUAAGAAAGCUGCGUAAUAAACACAAAAAACUGUACACAGAUAUUCUGUCAUAUUUAUCUGCAUUAAAUAAAUGUUUGUUAUUGUUUCAGACUUUCUAGGAACUCAAAAAAGCCUAAAGCAUUUGAUUAAAUAAAAAACAAAAAAACAAAAUCUAAAUGAACAGUUUGGGUAAUAUGAAGAGAGAGAGAGAGAGAGAGAGAGAGAGAGAGAGAGAGAGAGAGAGAGAGAGAGAGAGAGAGAGAGAGAGAGAGAGAGAGAUGAAUCUCAACAUGCUGUAAAUGUGUAAUUUAAUUUUCAUUUCAUUUCACUCCAUGCAUUGAAAUGAACAUGAAAUUGACAUGCAAGAACAUACUCUCUGGCUCUGUUUGCUUUUGUGCUUGCCUGUAUAUAAACUGCUUCUUACCUUAUGGUGUGUAAUGUAUGUUUUGAAUGGGGUUUGGAUUCAGCCAUUCUGAUAAUUUGACACCUGUAGAUCAAUUAUGUUAAUAUGUUGCAUAUUUACAGGGGAAAUUCAAAAACAUGGAAUUUGAAAAUAUACUGGGUUGG